AAGUACUGCCACGAUGUGGACAACUUGUGGAAAACUGAUUCUGCUAACUGCAGGCCUUAUAAUUGUCUUCUGCCGUUAUACUGAAGCGAAUCACGGUUAUUCAUAUGCAGAUUGCACUUUUCUAAAAGCAAAUGAAGAAACAACGCAUUACGGAAGUAGAUGCUUCUGCUACAGCUCCGGCACGAUGAUCAAAUGGAAAGACAUUUGGUCUACAUUUCAGGUGCGCGUUAUAGGUGACGACGGUGUCCACCUUGAGUUCCCGAUGCGACCGCGGGACUGCUAUGAGCCGGAGAACGUCGUAAUGGUGGCCAGAUGCUUAAUUAAUCACUACUGGCCAACAAGCGCCGAGGCAGAGCAGAGUCUGGACAUUCCUUUGGUGGCUCAGGAGGUGUGCUUCAGGGUGAAGACGAAUAGGGCCAGCGCUGAGUACAACUUAUAUGUUGCGGGCAAAAAGCUGAACAGAGUACGUUUUGGCCUAUUUGCGUGCGGACUCAUCCUCUUCUACUUUGCUGGGCCGGUGUGCAGGAGUUCCCUGUUUUACUACAGUGCAGGAGUUUCGCUGGGGGUGAUAUCUAUAUUUGUCUUCCUGCUGUUCAUACUGAAAAAAUUCAUUCCAAAGAGGGGACUGUUUCUUUUGCUUUUUGGUGUCAGCUCUAGCCUGUCCUACUUUGGCCUCCAGCAGCUGCUGUUUAACUGGAAUGAGGUCUUGUCUCUGUACUGGAGAGAAGUUCUAGGUUACCUGUUGGUGUCAGGUUUCUUAAGCUUUGCUGUGUGCUACAAGCAUGGCCCAAUCACAGAUGAUAGAACUCUGACCCUGAUGACCUGGACACUGCAGGUCAUCGCCAUGGUGAUGAUGUACCAUGGCAUCACGUACCCCACUGCUUCGUACGCUCUGUUGGGGGUCCUGGUAGGGGUGAAGUGCCUCCCGCAUUUUUGGACCCUCCUGCUGACCACCUGCAGACAAAUGGGACGGCUGCUCAGCUUCACCCUGGGCCUGUUCAAGAGGCAGCGGCGGCCACAGGUACGAUUUCUGACAGAAGAGGAGUACAGGGAGCAGGGGGAGGCGUAUACCAAGGCAUCGCUGGACGGGCUGAGGGAGCACUGCACCAAAGCUAGCUUCCCUGCGUGGGACACCGUCCUCAGACUGCGCUCCCCUCAGAGGUUUGCAGAUUUCCUGCGGGGGGGCUCCCAUGUCAGCCAGGAAGAGUCCCACACACACGACCUGCAGUACGGGAUGGGGGGUGCCUACUUUGAGGACAUGAUCUUCUCGGGCAGCAGGGGUGGCCCUUUUACAGGGAGAGGGGGCUCUCAGCGGGGGGGUGGUGAUGACAUCAGUGAGGACGAGCUGGAGUACUACAGUCCGGCCCCGCCCACACCCAGCCCUCUCCCUGCCCCUACCCUUACCCCUGUCGAUAACCCAUCCCUUCCCUCUGGUGGCUCCACCCCUCUCCCUCCAGCUUUCAACUUCCCUCUGUGCCCAUACCCUGCCCUCCCCUACACCCCUCACCCAGAACCCGAGAUGGAGGAUCUGUUCUGAGCGGAGCUCUUUUGCACCCCAGAAAAUGUGAAUUGGGUCGCCUCAGCCAACAUGAACAUGGAACUGUGCCUUGUACAGUCAGCUAUAUGUAAUAUCUUGCAACAUCCUACUUUCUUUACUUCAGUCCUGUCAAGUGUGUCAGGUCACUAAGGUUCCUUGGAAUUAUAAGGAGUCGACAGUGCACAACCACCAGAAUCUUACCUUACAUCAAAUGCAAUUCAGGAGUGUGUGGAUAGGGGACUGGGACAGAGGUCUGCGCCUUGUCAUCUUCAAUGACUCUCAGACCCAGCUUCCCUCAAGGCUGACACCAUGGUAUCACAUCUUUUCUGCACAGUAGCUGUGUUUUUACUCUGCUAAUACAGUAUCAGACUUUUCAGCCCUCUGUCAGAGUAAGAAUCUCCCCUCAUUCAAAAACUAG